AUGAAUUAAAAUUAAAAUUUUACAAACAAUCUAAAUCUAUUUCCUGAAAUAGGAACACAUGGAUCAAGAGGAAAAGUAAUAAAUUAAAUUUAUGUUAGUAAUAUGGUGGAAAUAAUAUUACAAUGAGAGGAACAGAAAUAUUUGAAGGUCUUACAAGUGGAAGACCAUCAAAGAAUAUUAUUUAAGCUCAUUUUAAAGUCUUAAGAUUUUAUAGAAAAGUGUGUCGUCUUAUUCCAUUUUUAUUAAGAAUUCAUGAUUUGGAAGUGACUUGCAAUUCAUAAUAAGCAAUGUUAAAUGUAGCAAAUGUUAUCAGAAAAAGAGCAUAUUUAAGAGAUCCUGAUGCAGUUGAUAGAUGGGUUAAUAUUUAGUUAUUAAAUUAAUAGGUUUAUAGAGGAUAUGAAUUACUCUAUCAAGCUGAAUGGCAUAUGUUAAAUAGAGAUCAUUUAUUCCAAUACUUUGUAAAUCAAAAUAGAUCUGAUGCUGGAUAUUCAUAUUUAGAAAAUUAAAAACUCAAAGGAAAGAGUGAAUUCUUAAAAGAUUUCUAUAUUGGGAAUAAAACAUAUGAAUAUUGAA